AUGGUAACAAAUUUGUAUCAAUGGGGAAUCAUAUAUGACUCUCAAUCACAAAAACGAAUUAAAUGUCAUGUACCAACAAAAACAACAAUAAAUCAACGAUUAGAAGGAAAUUUAGAACAAGUAACAUGUGGCACAAAUUUUACUGUUGUUCUCGAUUCCAAUCAUCGUGUAUAUGUUGUAGAUGAUGAACCAAAAUAUGGUCGACUUGGUCAAGGUGAUGAUAAAACCAUUGUACCAACAUUAACAUUAAUAAAAGGCCGACUACCUUCAAUUGGUUUUAUUUCAUCUGGACCAUCAACAACUAUUUUAUUAACUACAGAUAAACGAGAAUUAUGGGGUUUUGGAAAAGGUAUAGGUUAUUUACCAAAACAAAUUUUACAAAGUAAACAAACAACAAGUAACGUUCAUUAA